AUGGCAGAACUCCGUGAAGGCCAACGGCUGAAAUACACCGUCACGCACUAUCGUCAGCCGCACUUCACCCACGAGGAAUUCAUGAAAUGGAUGGUCAAAGAACAUCUACCUCUUGCUACUCCAGUCUUCAAGAAGCACGGAGUAAUAUCUUACACUCUUUUCGACACGCCCUCUUCGCUCAAUGAACCACUUAAAGAGUAUCUGAUGCCUGACCAGCAAGCCAUGGCAAACAUGUUAGCGGAUCCAGAGUGGCAUGCGUCAGUCAAGGAUCAGGAGAAGUUCGUUGAUACCUCGAAGGCGUUGCUGUCAGUGGGAUACGCUAUUCCAUAUUUGACAGAAAGCGGGGAGGUUCUGAAUCUACCAAAUGCCGCAGUAAACUAA